AUGAAGAUGGAGCCGGGCCGGCCGGCCUCCCCCGCGGGCGGCCCGUGCCCGGACGCCGAGCCCGGAGGGCCCGACCGGCCGGGGGCCGCCCUCGCCCCGCGCCCAGAGCCCGGCCCCCCGGGGGCCGCGGCCUGCGCCGAUGCCGGGGCGGACCUGAGCGCCGGGCGAGCCCCGGGGCCGGACGCGCGCCCUGAGAGCGCCUGGGCCCCUGCCCCGGGCGCAGGCACCUCUUACCUGCUGCCGGCUCGGGCCGCCUGCGCGGGCCCCGGCCCCGGCCAUCAGCUGCCGGAACUCGGCCCGCUUCUGUCCUGGACUGAGGAGCCAGCUGAUUACGGAGCCCCGGUUCGCCCGGAGAGCCCCUCUCUCCGCGUGCAGGGUUCCAGGCACAGCCGGCACGUGAGGGGCGAGGUCGACUUCUUCCCCGGCUUCCCCUCGCCCGCGGUGGGCGAGCUGACGCUCGACGUGGGUCCCGGGCCGCCGGACCGGCCCUCGGACUUCAGCCAGACCUGCCCGCUCCCGAGCGAGCCCGCGACGUGUCCGGAGGACGGCCCCCGCCUUCGAGCCGUGUUCGACGCCCUGGACGGCGACGGGGACGGCUUCGUCCGCAUCGAGGACUUCGUCCAGUUCGCCACGGUCUACGGGGCAGAGCAGGUGAAGGACUUAACGAAAUACCUGGACCCCAGUGGGCUUGGCGUGAUCAGUUUUGAGGACUUCUGUCGAGGGAUCACCGCGAUCAGGAACGGAGAGUCCGAUGGCCAGCUGUGUGCAGUCACAUCCGCCCAGGACGAGGAGCCGCCCGCCUGCCCUGAUGAGUUCGACGACUUCGUUACUUUCGAGGCCAACGAAGUGACAGACAGCGCAUACAUGGGGUCCGAGAGUACUUACAGUGAGUGUGAGACCUUCACCGACGAGGACACUAGCACCCUGGUGCACCCGGAGCUGCAGGCCGAAGGGGACGCGGACAGCGCUGGCGGCUCAGCCGUGCCCUCCGAGUGCCUGGACGCCCUGGAGGAUCCUGGCCACGGCGCUCUGCUGCUGCUCCCCGGCAGAUCGCAGCUGCUCAGCCAGUCUGUCGUCACGGUGAUAGGUGGUGAGGAGCAUUUUGAGGACUAUGGCGAGGGCAGCGAGGCGGAGCUGUCCCUGGAGACCCUCUGCAACGGGGAGCAUGGCUGCAGAGACCCCACUUUCCCUACCCCCAGCACCGACCCGCUGGCCGCGAAGCUGCACUGCAUCCUCACUGACGAGGCUUUUGAGUUUUACUGUAGCCAGUGCCACAAGCAGAUCAACCGCCUCGAGGAUCUUUCUGCUCGCCUGAAUGAUCUUGAACAGAAUAGUCCAGCGAAGCGGCUCUCCAGCAGGAAGGUGGCAAGGAACCUGCACCAGUCAGCGGCCCUGACCAUGGACACCCUGCAGGACCCCGCCCCAGACCCAGUGGAGUGCAUGGAGGAGGACAUUGCAGAUAAGGUUGUCUUCCUGGAGAAGCGGGUGUCGGAGCUGGAGAAGGACACAGCUGCCAACGGGGAGCAGCACAGCCGGCUGAGGCAGGAGAACCUCCAGCUUGUGCACAGAGCCAAUGCCCUCGAGGAGCAGCUGAAGGAGCAGGAGCUGCGAGCCUGCGAGGUGGCGCUGGAGGAGGCACGGCGGCACCGGGAGCUCGUGUGCAAGAUGGAGCGAGAGCGGAGCAUCGAGGUGGAGAGCCUGCAGGCCAGGCUGCAGCAGCUAGACGAGGAGAAUGGGGAGCUGAGGUCCUGCACGCCCUGUCUGAAGGCUAACAUUGAGCGCCUGGAGGAGGAGAAGCAGAAGUUGCUGGAUGAGAUCGAAGAGCUGUCCCUGCGGCUCAGUGACGAGCAGGAGAACCGGAGGAAACUGGGGGACAGGCUGAGUCACGAGAGGCACCAGUUCCAGAGGGACAAGGAGGCAACCCAGGAGCUGAUCGAGGACCUGCGGAAGCAGCUGGAGCACCUUCAGCUCUUCAAGCUGGAGGCGGAGCAGCGGAGGGGCCGCGGCAACAGCGUGGGCCUGCAGGAGUACAACAGCCGCACCCGCGAGAGCGAGCUGGAGCAGGAGGUCCGCCGGCUGAAGCAGGAUAACCGCACCCUGAAGGAGCAGAAUGAUGAGCUCAACGGGCAGAUCAUCAACCUGAGCAUCCAGGGUGCCAAGAACCUCUUCUCCACGUCCUUCUCGGAGUCCCUGGCCGCAGAGAUCAGCUCCGUCUCCCGAGAUGAGCUCAUGGAUGCGAUUCAGAAGCAGGAGGAGAUCAACUUCCGGCUGCAGGAUUACAUUGACCGGAUCAUUGUGGCCAUCAUGGAGACCAACCCAUCCAUCCUGGAGGUCAAAUAGAGGCAGGAAGGCCCAGCCUGGUGGGCCCAGGACCCCACCCACACUCAGGAGAUGGCCACAGCACGCGCGUGCCUGAGACCAGUGGCUGGGCCGGGGCGCAGUGGUGGGUCUGCAGAGGGAGAAGGAAUGGGAGCCCGGGGCUGGGGCCCACACAGGAGAGGGUGGGGCUGGGCUGCUCUCUGCAGAGAUGCAGAGACGACGUCUCCAGCUCAGGUGAGCCCUUCUGGGAGCUCCCUCCCAUGUGGCAGACCCCACUGCUGCCUGCCCACCAGGGAAGGAAGGGUGCGUCCCCACCAGGGUGGUUCUGCAUGGUCUGCUCAGAGGCCGUCACCCGACGGCACGGCGGCCCCAGGACCCUCUUGCUAGACGCGGUGGCAUGCGGAGUACAGGCAGCCGAGGCUGUACGUGUCAGGGUCUGGCUAGGAGCUGCGGGGGUCCCAGCUUUCCCGGGGCUGGCUCCCGUCCAGAGGAUCACUUCGGUCCAGUGCCAGACCCUCCCGUGGAGGCUGGAGCAGGAGCCUCUCUUCUGAAAUCAGGACUUGAGAGUCUCACCAUGCGGAGCCUGCUCUCUGGACAGGGUGGGUGUUGCUGGCCUUUGUGACCCCAGGUGCAGGCAGCAUCCUAGUGAGAAACCGCCUCCCCGCUGGGGUGGCCCCCCUGGCCUCCUGGAGCAGCCCCUCCCCUGGCAGGUCUCAGCUGCCCUGGGGGAGUCCCGGUUUCCCACGCAGAGUGCACGUUUCCCCUGGGAGUCGAAGUGGCCGCCCUUCCCCAAGCUGGGUUUUGCAGGCGCCAAGCUCUGCUGGUUCUCCCAGCACACGAUUAAGAGCGGACAACAGGGCCCUCCCAGCAGCCUGGGGGCUCCGUUAAGGAAAUCAUUGCCUAGCUCUAUGCCCCCCCUGCCAGGCACCGCCCACCACGGGGGCCGCUGGGCCUGCACACAGACGGGCCACUGCUGUGUGCAAGUGUGCGUGAGAGGGCAUGUGUGUGUGUGUGCGUCUGCGUGCGCGUGUGUGUGUGUGUUGCCCUGCGUCCCUCCGUCCUCCACGUGGCCCACCUUCUACACUAAGAUUUAAGACGUUGCCUCGUAUUGUACAUUUUGGGGAAAGCCUUGGGUGUAAAUCAGUGUAAACUUGGAGGAGAGAUUUUUCUAUCAUGUAGAGUAGGUAUUUUUUAUAGAUUGAAGGUUGAUCAAUUUUUUAAUACUUCCAAGAGAGAAAACUAUCUGUGUAUACACAUAAAAUAUAUAUAUAUAUGUAUGAUAAUAAAUACUGGAACUCUGCUUUCUGUGCCCAGCCCUGCCCCGGUGACACAGAUGUGGGUCUGUCUCUGUCCAUCACUCAGUGGUCCCGUAACUGUACAUAGGGGCUGCCGGGAGAGGCUUCACAACAGACACCCAGACGUCGACGUGCACAGUGACCCUGUUGCCUUCCCUGGAGAAGGAGUCUUCAGGCAGAGCCGUGGUAGCCUGGAUGCUGAAGGGCAAGGCCAGGACAGUCUCGCUGAAGAUUAAAGCUAUCUAUACACGCAGA